AGUAAAAAAAGUAAAAUUUAAAUGAUGUAAAUUUUAAAUAUAAUUUUAGGGAAAAGUUUUACAUAUAGCUUGUUACAUAUUUCUUUAUCUAUUAUACCAAUAUAAACAAAGAGUUUUGUUUAUAUUCCUAUAAAUGAGUAGUAGUUUAAUUAGAGUAAACCAGUGCAGAGAAGUGAACCUGUAGGUAUAAUAAGGGAUAUACCUGAGUAACGUAAAAAUCCUUACAAAAACAAAAUACUAUAGUUAUUGAAAAUGAUACACGAUGCCUUAUUAGUUUUAUGGGAUUGUACGCGAGUAAAUGAAAUGUUACAGAUUGAACCGACUCUUUACGCCAAUCAAGGAGAUCCAGAAAUUUAUAGUAGAAUUUGUGCUAUUUCAAGAAGUCAUCAUAAAAUUCAGAAUUUUAUUGCGGCCACAUCCUUCAAUUAUCGGAAAACACACACAGGUGCUAAAACAUUUGGAUUGUAUGGCCAAGCUCUAAGUGAGGGUAUUACAGAAAUUUUACAAUCAUAUAAGAAAACUUUAUUAGAGGUGGAAAGCUUAAUUAUUGGAAAUACGGACUAUACACUGUCAUUUGUGUACAGCUAUGUAGAAAAGUUCCAAGGACUAUUUAAUACUAUCAACAGAAUUAUUACUACCAUUAAAGAAAGAAGACUAACUGGUUGUCAAAUUUUAAGUUUAACUCAUCAACACAUAUUAAAUGGAAAUGAAGUGGUCCAUAAUGCAAUUGUAAGGUAGGCAAAUUACAUAUUUUAAUAAGUAAUUAGAAAUAGAUUUAAUAAAAGUAAAAUGGUAAUUAAAAUAACUAUGACUUUUUUUGUAACUUUGUCAAAAAUAUGAAAGCAUCUAUCAAGUAAUCUGCGACAGAUAUAAGGGUAACUUCUUGGAUUUUUAAGUAAAAAUAUCACAAUAAUUGUCACAAUAAACAUUAUAAAACAGCACAAGCUCAUUGUUUAGUUUGUACACAAAAUAAAGGGUCUUAAAAAGAUUAAUAUUCUUAAUUAUGAUUUUUAUUUUUGUUCUGCAUUUUACUUGUAAUUUUUCCCCGUAAUUGAAUAUUUCCGCACCAGUAUGACUGCUCUAUCGCCCUGUAUACUAAGACUGUGGUCUUUGUUUCAUCAAGGUUAUACAGACUUCUUAAAGCCUUAAGCUGGAAUAAAAGAACUCAAUUAAGAAAAAGAUAAAAUUAAAUGUUAUUGUGUAUAUUUAUAUGUUACUAGUUUUUCUAAUUAAUGUAAUUAAAAUUGUAUUUUUUUUCGAACGCCGAGUAAAGCUUGUUUGCUCAGGUACUGUAUAGUAAAUAAUAGUUAGUCAACUCGGUUGCCACAAAGAAUAGGGUGUGGUAUGAACACAUAACAGAAAAAACACAUAGUUCUGUUCUGUGGGUAUGAUGGAAAGCGAAACCCUCCUCUCUCGAACGUUAACCAGAAAGCUUGGGUAAUUCCAGUACAGAAGAAAUAAAAAGUCUAGGAUUACGACUUUAUUUUUUUUCUUCUGGCAUUAUACCCGUCCAUACCAUAAAUAAAUUGGAUACCUACACUUAAGUUUAAUCAACUGCAUUUGGCUGCACCUAUUUGUUGCCACACUUUCCACACUUUAACUAUAACACAGGCAUAAUAAAAAGUUUCUAUUUUAAGAUGAAAUUUAAUUUGGAAAAUAUAUGCAGUAUGUACAUAGAACAUGGUUUUUGAUAUUUAAUAUUUAUUAUUUUUGCUAAAUCAUGUUAAUUUUCUUGAUUUUUCACUUAUUUUACUCCCUUUUCAUUUCCAGGCCUUUUUUUUAACAAUAUCAGUUACAGUUGCUAAACCCAAGUUACUAGUAACCACUGAAGUUGGUAUCUACAUGUACGCAUGACGUGGUAGAGCAUACAUUCAGACGUGGUAGAGCCAUGCUACAGCUAUAUUAGUAGUAUAGUUGUAGCACGAAUGGGUUGGCUCGACCGGGGAAGGACCACACUCACAGAAUACCAGCGUCAAAUAGCAGCUUGAUGCUGCUGUGUUUUGUAUGGUGAGUGUAGAGAACCGGAGCCCCUUUUUACUGGAAAUGAGGCAUUCCAUCUUAGUCCUCAAGGGUGACAACGCAUCUGCAUUUUGAUUUGCAAACGAGGAUAGAUGUAGAUGUCUAUGGGCCACAGCAACCACUUACCAUCAGGUGGACUGUGUGCUCGUUUGUCACCCUGUCUUAUAAAGAAACAUCAUAGGAUAUAAAUAAAAUUGAAGUGUGUGUCUGUAAUAUUGAAAUAACUGGCUUCUAUUAAGAUCAGGGGAUUAUUUGAAUGCUAUGGAGACAUAAAUAACUAUUUUUUAUAUUGUUGUCUGUCUGUCUGUCAGGACUAAUCUUCGGAAUGGCUGAACAGAUUGUAAUCACGAAGUUACGAAAAGAUAGAAAGCAAUACAAUACCAAGAGAUAUCUAUGCUAUAGUUUAACUGAAAAAACAGGAUGAAAGUUGUUUUUUUGAAUAAUAUUAAAAAUUAAUGGUAUUAAUUUCAUUAAAAUAUAUCUUUAUCUUAUCCAGGCGAAGUCGGAGCGGGUCGCUAGUAACAAAUAAAACAAAUUGAAAUAGGAUUGGUACAUACAUAUUAUAUAUAUAUAUAUAUUUGCGAAAUAAAAAGAAUAUUUAAAAGCAGUUUUGAUUUUUUUUGCUGCCUGAAAAAAUACAAUAAGAAAGAGGUUUUAAUUGUUAGAACAUGUUACUCACUGGUUAUAAAAGUGCCGUGGUGUUAAAAAACAAAUUUUUGCCUGGUAUUUAAAGAAAACAACUUUUUACUACAUUUUAUGAUGCGAACUCUUUCUUCCAGAAGCGGCCCCACAGGAAGUGGACCUGGUCGAGCCCCGACGGUUCGACAAAAAAUGAGAUUGACUUCAUUAUGACGACCAGACGACAACUGUUCAGUGAUGUCUCAGUGAUCGCGAGGGUGAAAACCGGCAGCGAUCACCGAAUGGUUAGAGGCACACUGAACCUAAACGUUAAGUUGGAGAGGUCUCGUCUAAUGAAGUCAACGCUCCGUCCCCCUCGUGCUCUAAUCCAAAGUCCCGAAACCUUUCAGCUCGAGUUACAAAACCGUUUUCAAUGCCUAGAAGACUGCAAUGAAGUGGACGAUUUGAAUGACAAGCUCGUGGAAACUGUCCAUGCGGUCGGAGCUAAGUUCUGCAAGACCCGCCGCAGAAGAACACAAAAACUCUCCGAUCACACUCUUAAUCUCAUGGCUGUUAGACGGGAGAUGAAGCUACAUUCUUCAACAGAUUUGACAGCAUACAGGCAACUGAACAGACAGAUCUCCAAAUGCAUGCGGCGGGACUUACGCAAAUUCAAUACAGCUCGUAUUGAAGAAGCGAUCGAGCGGAACCAAGGCUCCAAAGUCUUUUCCAGAGAUCUGUCUGCCAGAAAGCGCCAACUGUCAAAGCUGAAGACAGAGUGUGGCAUCAUCGUUUCCGGGGCACCUGAGAUUUUGAGUGAGAUUGAGAGGUUCUAUGGGCAGCUGUACGUCAUCGUUGGAGCCGCACUCAAGUGUGAGUAACGAUCCAAGAGCGAGUCUUAUCCGACAUUAUUCCGAUGAUAUCCCGGACGUCAGUCUGAGCGAGAUUAGAAUGGCUCUCCAGCACCUUAAAAACGGCAAGGCCCCAGGCGAGGAUGGAAUUACAGCGGAGCUUCUGAAAGCGGGUGGAAAACCGGUACUUGAAGUCCUUCAGAAGCUCUUUAAUUCCGUCCUCCAUGGUGGCAUUACACCGGAGGCGUGGAGCAGAAGUGCGGUGGUCUUGUUCUUCAAGAAAGGCGACAACGCUCUCUUGAAGAACUACAGACCGAUUUCCCUUCUGAGCCGCGUCUACGUGCUGUUGUCUACGUGCUGUUUUCGAGAGUCAUUACGAAUCGUCUCGCGCGCAGACUUGACGACUUCCAGCCUCCCGAACAAGCCGGUUUCCGAAAAGGAUUGACGAAAACUUAAUUUUUAUGGAUAACAACUGUCAACACUCGCGCCCGCCGAUCUGGCUAUGUGGAAGAAUAUGCUAGAGGUCGGAAUUGGUCGUUUGGUUUUGCACGCUCGAAGUCCCGAACUAAAUCACAUAGAACAAGUCUAGGACGUUGAGACGAAUGCAAGCUGUGGUUUCAGCAAGAGGGAGUCAUACAAUACUAAACUUUUAUUUUUUAUUUUAUUAAAGAAAAAUACAAUCC